GUGGAGAGUGGAAGUAUGUGCUGUUGGAUAAUGGGGAGGUGCGGCGUGAAGAGGAAGCUUGGGUGGUGUGUGGUGGUGGUGACGCUGGUGGUCAAGAUGGUAGCGACCCUCGGCAACCUCAACGAUAACCUAGAGGGCACCGCCAAGGAAGGUCAACUGCAUUAUGAACUCAUGACCACGCAGUCCAAGAUGCCCAGGUAUGGCGACUGUUACCAGAAUACCUUACAAGACCUUCGCGACGGAUGUUCCAACCUUACUGAUGAGGUACAGAGUCGCCUGGCGCUGGCCUUCACCAACUGUUACAUGGUUAGAUUCGGGUGGGUGGUGUACCCCUGCGAGAAGGAGGAGCCUCUGGAUGCAUGUAUGUACCACUUAGACUCCCGGGCCGCCACUGUUUACUCCUCCAUGUUGUCCUCUACGCUAGCCAUGUGCCACUUCCUACAAGCCCAGGCCUGGCACCAAGCCACUACGGAUGCUGUUCACAGGUAUUUUGUCACGAGUUUAACCUCAGUAAAGGCGAGUGUUUGA